GUCACUUCCGCUUUCAAUCAACAAUGGCGUCUUCCACAACAGGAGACGGCGUGAGUGGUGCUCAAACAGAGAAAAAACACAAAAAGACCAAAAACCAAGUGGAUGAAUCUGAGCUUCUGACUGUUCCUGAUGGAUGGAAAGAGCCCACCUUUACUAAAGAUGACAACCCCCGUGGUCUGCUGGAGGAGAGCAGCUUUGCCACACUCUUUCCUAAAUACAGAGAAGCAUAUCUCAAAGAGUGCUGGCCUCUUGUGGAGAAGGCUUUAGGAGAUUCAAACAUCAAAGCUUCUCUGGACCUGAUCGAGGGCAGCAUAUCUGUCUGCACCACAAAGAAAACGUAUGACCCUUAUGCCAUCAUAAGAGCCAGAGACCUCAUCAAGCUGCUUGCCAGGAGUGUCCCAUUUGAGCAGGCUGUACGUAUAUUGCAGGAUGAUAUGGCCUGUGACAUUAUCAAAAUAGGGACGUUGGUGAGAAACAGAGAACGGUUUGUGAAACGAAGACAGCGACUCAUUGGCCCCAAAGGCUCCACCCUAAAAGCUUUAGAGUUGUUGACCAACUGCUAUGUGAUGGUGCAGGGCAACACGGUGUCGGCCCUGGGUCCCUACAACGGCCUGAAGGAGGUGCGCAAAGUUGUUAUGGACACCAUGAAGAACAUCCAUCCCAUCUACAAUAUUAAGACCCUUAUGAUCAAACGGGAGCUGUCCAAAGACCCGGACCUGAGGGUGCAGAGCUGGGAGCGCUUCCUGCCAAAGUUCCGUCACAAGAACGUGGCCAAGCGCAAGGAACCCAAGAAGAAGAGUGUGAAGAAGGAAUACACACCGUUCCCACCACCACAGCCAGAGAGCAAGGUUGACAAGGAGUUGGCCACAGGUGAAUUCUUUCUACGUGAAAGUGUGAAGAAGAGGAAGAAAAUGGAGGAGAUAAAGGUUAAGCAAGCUGAAGCACUGACGAAGAAACAAGAAGAGCGGAACAAGGCUUUCAUUCCUCCUAAAGAGAAACCUUUACUGAAAAAGACCACAAAAGCUCCGACAGAAGGAAAGCUGGACAUUGAAGCCAUCAAGGAGAAAGUGAAAAAAGCCAAAAUGAAGAAACUGGGUGCCCCCCCGGUGAACCCAGCUCCUCCCAGCAGCACUACCAACAAAAAGAAAAAGAACUAAAACAAAGGAUAAGCACAGACACACUGCUCUGCUGGUGGAAAGUGAAGCGUGUCAUAUGUUGUUGGACAGUGAUACAGGACGAUUAAGUACAACAGACACAUUGAGAUGGGACGACACACAUGCAUUGAGCAUGUAUCCGGAUGAAUCAGCUGAUUCAUAGAUUUUUUUUUUAUUUUUUAUUGAACUAUUGUUGAUGUGAGAGAUUUUCCACUUUUUCUGUCCUGUGUGUCAUCCUCAGGAGAACAGGUGUAGGUUAAAGUCUGUGAAAUCUCCUUCAUUUCCAUUUGUCUAUAGUUUUGACUGUGUAUGGUCAGUAUUUAUAUUUUGCUAAAUAUCUAUUUUUCACGUUGGAACACCAGUGUGUGUUAAGGAGGCAAAUGAAAAACUGAAAUUAAAGGAAAGGACAGUGAAAAUUAUCUAAUCCUUUUAUUUCAACGUCAAAAUAAAGUUCGGCAUAUUUUAACCAAUUUAUUA